AUGGCGCCGGCGGGCCCGCGGCUGGUGCUGAGUGAGGACAAGAUCUGGGAGAAGAGCGGCCUGUCGCCUCACCACGACCUGGCUGAACUUCAGUCAUUAUCUAUUCCUGGAACUUAUCAAGAAAAGAUUACUCACCUAGGGAAUUCUUUGAUGAAUUUAACAGGUCUAAAAUCUUUAGAUCUCUCACGCAACUCCUUGGUUAGUCUGGAGGGCAUUCAGUACCUGGUUGCAUUGGAAAGCCUCAAUCUCUACUACAACUGCAUUUCCUCACUAGCAGAAGUGUUCCGGCUCCACUGCUUGACUGAGCUCACGGACGUGGACUUCCGACUGAACCCUGUGGUGAAGAAUGAGUCUGAUUACCGCCUCUUUGUUGUGCACAUGCUCCCGAAGCUCAGGCAGCUGGAUGACCGUCCCGUGAGAGAGAGCGAGCGGAAAGCAUCCCAGUUGCAUUUUGCUUCAGAGGAGUCACUCAACUCCACACAAAGCUUCCCAGCUGUUUGCAGAGUUGGAAGACUGCACCACUCCAGAGUUAAGUGCAUUGACCCCUCAGCCAAGAAGUGCUUAGUCAUGGAUGCGGAUGACGAGGCAGUCCUGAACCUCAUUGCCGAGUGUGAGUGGGACUUGAGCAACCCUCCUAGGAGCACAAGUUCCAGCCAGAAGGAGCAAGAGGAUGACUUCCAUAGUUCCCAAGAAUCCAGACAUCUGUUGAGUCCUCACUUAGUCCAGCACCAGUGUGGGGACUCCAUAAAGAAGGGCCACGAGAAGAGAAAAAACAGCUCCAGAGGAUGUUGUCCAGAAAAGAGGCUUCAGAACCAGUACUGUGGAGAGCUCCCGCCCCAGCAGGGAGACCAGCCCGAGACCUGCUGCUCCUUCGGACAUCAUGUGCACUUUCUCCCACACCCAGACUGCAUAGACAUAGAGAACUCAACCUCCUCUACUCAGACGUCAAGUUUGUCAACACAAAAGGCGUUAAAUCCUUUGCCUGGUAUGGAAAAGUACCGGAAGCGAAGAAUGCCUGGAGGGAGAUUCCAGGCCCCUGCAGACCAGGAGUGUCUCAGCUGCCUGGAGGAGGGUCUGAGCAGGCAGACUGGCUCCGAGAGCAGGAGCGAGAGGACCUGUUCUCACCUGGAGAUCAGGAGUGAGAGGACCUGUUCUCAUCUGGAGUCGUCUGAGUCUGAAGAGCAGAGGCCCCACAGCACGAGUGGCGCCAGGGAGGUGACUCCCAAACUGCUCUCAGCUGAGCCACCUGGGAAGGCUGCCCUGGAGGUGGCACUUCUAGAAACACUCCUAGACCUGGUGGACAGGUACUGGAGUGGCUGCAAGUCCCUGCAUAGCAACGAGGUGUUCCUGGCUCAGGCACGACAUAUUUUGUCAUCUGUUCAAGACUUUACAUCAACUCAGGACAGUUCCACAACUGCGAGCGAAGAAAUCAACUACCUGACUCUUGAAAAUAAAUCUUUGCAAAAUCACCUUGUUGAACAACAGCAGCAAUAUAGUGAGAAGAUGAAUGAGGUUGUGUCGGAGCUCAACAACACUCGGAAAGAGAUGGAUGACAUGCGAAAACAUUUAGACAAAACUUUGGAGGAGAAUAGUAGCUUAAAGUCUCUCCUGUGCAGCAUGAAAAGAGAAGUAAAAAAUGCAGAUGCUUCAGCUGCGUUAAAUUUGCAGAUCACUGGGCUUCAAACAAAUGUGAAGAUGCUCUCGGAUGAAAUUGUGGAAUUGAAGCAGCACCUUGAACAUUACGACAAGUUCCAGGAGCUCACACAGAUGCUGCAGGAGAGCCACAGCUCCCUGGUCAGCACCAAUGAGCACCUCCUGCAGGAGCUGGGCCAGGUGCGGGCUCAGCACAGGGCCGAGGUGGAGCAGCUGCACUGGAGCUACAAGGAGCUCAAGAAGACCAUGGCCCUGUUCCCAGGCAGCAGCCCCCGCCUCAGUGGCUGCUCCAAAACCUGA